UAUGGUUUAUUGAUACCAUAACUUUGUUAAUGAUAAGAUUAUUUUGUGUUUGCUGUUUUGCUAAUAAUUUGCUCUUGACUCUUAAGAUCACCAGUCGUCAAUAUUUAUUAUUUAUUAUUGUGUUUUUUUUGCAUUUUCCAUUAUUAUUAUUAUUAUUAACUAAAUUAAAUUAUUUAAUACAAUGACGAUACACAUAGACUUACCUGUAUAUGUUUUGAAAUUGUAUUGUUUGAAACACAAACAAUUAUUAAAAGACUAAAUUAAUAUUUAAUUUUUGUUUGAACAAUAAUUAAAAUAUUAUAAACAAAUAUAAUGAUCAUCUAAAAUUUACAUUAUAUCUACUGUUAAUAUUCUUCAAUAAUAUCUAAGAAAAAUGACAGAACCAUCCACAAUAGCGCCAACAAUCCAUAUAACGACAAUUGAAUGGGACAUGAUGGACAAAACAAAAUUUUUGCCUUUGAGUAUGUUAAGCUCAUUUUGUGUACGGUGUACUCUCUAUCCACUGACUCUAAUUAAAACAAGAUUACAAAUUCAAAAACACGGAGAAAUGUAUAAGGGUAAGAUUGUUAAAAAAUGAUUUAUGUUUGUAGGUUAGUUAUACAAAUAGGUAGGUAGGUAGGUUAAAAAACAUAAGUACCUGCCUAAUAAUAAAAUAUUAAUCAGUAAAUAAAUUAAAAUUGAUAAGUACUUGAAAACAAAUCAAAUACUUAAAAUAAGUUUUAAGUACCUACCUUAAUUUUUUUUUUAAAUUCAAAAUUUAAUUUUGACUGACUUCUUUGACUUUAUAGAAGAUCUAUUAUUCAAGUAUUUUGAUGUACUUAUCUGAUCUGACAAGUAUUCUUUUUUAAGCAAAUUGUACACAAACAAUAUAAAAUUAAAAUUAAUAUAUGAUCUUCUUUUUUUGUAUUUUUUUGACAGUUGAAAGAUAAUGAUUUUUACAAAUAGUUAGGCUUCAAUUUUUAUAAUUUUUUGUACAGAUAUUCUAUGGAAUGAGUUAGGUACCUAAGUACAUUUAUUUAUUUUGUAGUUACAAUUUUUGGUGGUUAUUUUAAUAGAUAAUUUACAAAUUAAUAAUUUAAAUUUCUUUAUUCAGUUAAUUUUUGUUUUUGGUUUUAGGAUUGUUAGAUGCAGCUAAUCGUAUUUAUUAUACAGAGGGUAUGUCAGGACUUUAUCGUGGCUUUUGGGUGAGUUCUGCCCAAGUUUUUUCUGGUGCGGCCUACAUUGGUGCAUAUGAACAAACUAGAUAUUUGACAGCUCCAUACUUGCAACAAUGGCCUGAAAUUAGAUCAAUGGUUGCCGGGGGUGUAGCUUCAGUAUUUGGGCAAACAAUAAUUGUGCCUUUUGAUGUUGUCAGUCAACACUUGAUGAUGCUUGGUUUGUCCACCAAUAAUACCUCAAAUAGUACAGAUAAAAAGAAAAUGGUAAGAUUUCAUAAAUUUAUAUUAAAUUCUGAUAUAUUGUCUGCAACUAUAUUAAUAAUUUAGUACUUAAAAAAUUAAAGAACUUCAUAAAACUAUAUUAUACAUUUUAGAAAAUUAAACUUUAAAGUAAUAAUUAACUUAGAAUUUGUUAAAUUACUGGCCAAUUCCAAAGGUCAAAAAUAUAAACACAUUUCAUAAAUAUUAAAUUAUUAUAUAAUAUAUAAUAUUUGAAAGUUCUAUUUUAAUAUUAUCAAUUCAUACAUUUUAUUGGUUAUGUGAAUUCCAUAUUCUAAAAGAUAAUUUUUAACUUUUGACCUUUGAUCUUAAAUAUUUGAGAAAAAAAUGUUAUCUUGACUUUAUUAUAUUUCUAUCUUAUAAUUGCAUUUGUGAAUAUUAUUUUGAAUCUUUAACAGAUUAAGUUAUUAAUGAUAUUACCGUUAGAUUAGUAAUUUAUAAUGCAUUUAAUUGAUUUAACACUAAUUAAUAAAAACUAUUUUGAUUUUCAGUAUUAAUUUUAUGGUAGCACUGGGAAAUAGCAAUUCAGAUUUAAUGUCAAUGUAUAUCAAUUUGAUUUUGUAUGAUUUUUAUAAGAAAACAAUUUUUUGAACCUCACAGUUUAAUUUUUAUUAUAUUAUUAUUAUUUUUUUUUAUUAGAUAUUAUGAAAUAUUAAAUAAUAAUAAUUUAGAAUUGGCUUUUAUUGGCUAAUUGCUCACAAUAAAUUAUCCAUGGUUAUUAACUAAAUUUAAUAAUUUUGUUUAUUAAUUAAUCAUGGUGAGUAAUAUUAAAUUUCUUAUGAUUAAAAUAAUUGAUUGUGAACUUAUAUUUUUAUUGUAAUAAACUAAUUUCUAUAAACAUAUAGAAAUAAUUAUUAACUACGCAGUUAAUUUAAAAUGAUGAUAAUAUUAUGCCAAUAAUUAUUUUUAUAUAGUUUUGAGAGAUAUUGUGAUUUAUUAGAUUUUGAAGAAAAAAUUGUCACGCAGUUUUAUGAAGUUUAAAUAUAAAUCUUGAUAGUCAUUAUGUAUUAAUUAUUGAAAAACAUUUUUUGUAUAAUGUUAUUUUUUAAUUUAUCAUUAUAAAUUUAUAUUUGAACUUAAAAAUUAUGUUUUAUGAACAACUAUAAAUAGUAUUAAUUGUAUAAAGAUUUUUUUUCUUUUAGAAUAUCAAUUAUUUUAUUACCAUAAUUAAUAAUACCUACAUUAGAGUGGUUCUUAUUUGGGUAAUGGUGGAAUUUCUUUUUUUACAAUUAAACAAAAUUUAGAAUACACAAAAACCCCAAUAUAUUUUAAAUGGGAAACUUUUCCUCGUUACAGGAAGAGAAAUAAUUUUACUAAGAAGCUCAAAUAGGGCUCAAUGUUUUUAUUUUGUUUUUAAAAACAAAAUUCCACCAUAACCUAAAUAAGUACCACCCUAACCUACAUACACCAAUUGACUUGUAAAAAAUUUGAAUACAUUUUUGUUUUCCAGGUAUUCUUCCGACCGUUAGGAAUUCAUUUAGACAUUUCAAAAUCAAAAUUCCACACUACAUUAGACAUAACUCAAUGUGUCUACCAGCAAGAUGGUUUUAAAGGGUUUUAUCGAGGCUAUGUUGCUUCAGUGUGUACAUAUGCACCCAAUAGUGCUUUGUGGUGGAGUUUUUAUACAAUAUUUCAAGGUAUUAAAGUAUAUACAGCAUUGUUUAGUGUUUAGGUUUUAAACCAGGUGACUAAACUACUUUUGGUUGAUUUAUUUACCUAUAAUAUAAACAGUGUGCCAUUUAAGUGCCCUCUUAAAUGGAGUGUAUAAUGAGUGACCCUCACUCAUUAUCUCUAAAAGAAUUAAUUUUUUUUUCAGAGUUUAUUUUAUAGAACAUAUAAGAAACCAGCAACUCUACAAUUUUACAUUUAUGUAUCUUUUUUUGAAGGUAAAACCAUUACUUACUAUAUAUUCUCUAAUGGAAAACUAUAUUUUUAAAGUUCCACAGAUUGGUGGAGUAUUAGUUAAAAUAAAUAUUGGUGUUUUAAUUUUUGAAAUCCGUCAAUCUGUUUGCUAGAUAUUACUCUUUUAAGUUUGCAUUGGGGAUUGUAAGAUCGUAAUUUGUGUGGCAACAUAGCGUGUGGCGUUUUAGUAAUGCACCACUACUCUCCUCCAACCCAUACUUAAAAGUGGAAUAUCUUGUCAACUGAAAACAAAAAUUUUAACACCAAAAUUUAUUUUAAUUAUUACUCCAUCUAUUUGUGGAUUUUUAAAUAUAUGUUACCAUCCAAAAAUCAAAAGUAGACAGUGAUUAUACUCCCAAAAUUAAGGGUGACAAAAAAAUAACAGAUGUAAAAGUGUAGAGUUGAACUAGUUGUUAAUUAAAUGUUAUACAAAACAAAUUCUGAAAAAAGUUAAUAUUUUCUAAGAUAACAAAAUUGUAAACAUUUUUAAACAUUUAGAACAACUUGAAAAAAGGUGUCCAGUGAAUACUUCACUUUUAUUGGUACAAAGCAUAUCUGGAGUGUUAGCCGGAUUCACAACUACAUUAAUAACAAAUCCAAUGGACACAAUUAGAGCUCGUUUACAGGUAAGAAACAUUCUUUUUUUUGUAAUUAAAUUAAAAUGAAAUAUUUAUAACUUAUACAAAUUAAUUGUUUAUAGGUUCAAAGGACUAACUCAAUUGUUGGAACAUUCAAUUCGUUGUGGAAAGAAGAAGGUUUGAUGAUGUUUACCAAAGGACUUUCAGCUAGACUAGUCCAAUCAAUAUGUUUUAGUUUUACAAUUAUUUUAGGUUACGAAAGCAUCAAAAGAAUUAGUAUUCUUAAAGAAUACAAAGACCAUGUACGAUGGUAACAAAUAUGUUAAUUUUAUUUUCAUUUUUGAUGUUAGAAAUUGUUUUUAGCACAUUUUUAAAAUUAUUAUUAUUAAUUUUAAUGAAUUCUCAAUAUCAUAUUAUUGUAAUAUUACCAAUUCUGUUUUGUUAUGUUGUUUAUUUAUAUUCGACUAAAUACAUUAUAGUCAUAAGAUAUUUUAAUCAUUAUUAUCACCUUACUUGUUUUAUUUAUGUGUUGAUAAAUGUGUUGUUUUGCAUUAUAAAAUCAUGUAGCUUUACUAGGAUGGUCCUUAUUUCUGAACUCCAAUAAUUUUUGUGCCACGGACUUGAAAUUAUAUUUGGUACAUUUUAAAAAUAUUUUUUUUUACAUUUUGGGUAUGAUAAAUCAACUGCUUCAUAUACCUCAAAAGGGUUAAAGUUUGUAAAAAGUAUAUGUUUCUGAAGUUUUUUUACGUUUAUUUUUAAAAUUUUUAAUAUUAAAAAAAUGUAUUAGACACUACUAUAGUAAAAAUGAUUUCCUACAUAAUAGCACUCUUGAACAUUUCAGUAAAAUUUACCGUUAUAUGUGAAAAACAAUUUAAAAUUUUGUAAAUUUGUAACAGAAAAUUCAAGAUUGUGUAAAAUUUCAAAUCUACCAACUUUAAAAUUUAUUUUUCAUUUAUAACGGUAAGUUUUACUGAAAUGUUCAAGAGUGUUACUAUGUAGGAAAUCUUUUUUACUAUAAUAAAGUUUUUGGUGCAUUUUUGCAUGUUCAAAAUUCAAAAAAAUUAGCAUAAAAUCUAUCCCUUUUUUAUUAACUUCAACUCCUUAGAAGGGAUUGAUUUACAAUACCCAAAAUUUCAAAAAAUUAUUUGUACAAUGUACCUAACAGCAUUCCAAGCCUGUGAAUUCAAAUUUUUUUUUUUCAACACCUAUAGGUUAAAUACCACCCUAAGCUUUAUGCAAACAUUUAUUUUAUUUAUAAUUUUAUAGGUAGAAGCCUAAAUAAUGAUUAUUACAUAAAAAAAAUAAUCAAUGUACUCCAUUUUCUAGUUUGUGCUUGAUAAUGAGUGUAUCAUUACUAUGUCACUAUAUAGAUAUUUUCCAAUUUUGACAUGCAAUUUAAUUGUAAUAUAAAUGUUUAAUACCUUGGAA